CUCCGGUCGGCGGACGCACCGCGGAGCUGCAGAGUGUGUGAGAGUGUGAGUGUCGUCAGAGCUGCGAGGACGGGAAAAUAGGGAUCUUUGUCUCGACACCUGGUAGUUGUAGUAAUCCACAAAUCAGAAAACAACAGGGAGCAGCCAUGCCGUUCGGGAACACGCACAACGAGAUGAAGCUGAAGUUCACCUCGGAGCAGGAGUACCCGGACCUCAGCAAGCACAACAACCACAUGGCCAAGGUGCUGACCCCCGCCAUGUACGAGGGGCUGCGGAGCAAGCAGACCCCCAGCGGGUUCACCCUGGAUGACGUCAUCCAGACGGGGAUUGAUAACCCAGGCCACCCCUUCAUCAUGACGGUGGGCUGCGUCGCCGGCGACGAGGAGACGUACGAGGUGUUCAAGGAGCUGCUGGACCCCGUGAUCGAGGACAGACAUGGCGGAUACAAGCCCUCCGACAAGCACAAGACCGACCUGAACCCGGACAACCUGAAGGUAACCGCAUCUCUCGCUCUCUCUCUCUCCGACGUAAGUGAACCCUGUUGGCCCGGUGCAACGCAGAAACUAAACCCCGCUCUCCUUCAUCCUCCUCUUCUCAAGGGCGGCGACGACCUCGACCCCAACUACGUCCUGAGCUCCCGCGUGCGAACGGGACGCAGCGUCCGCGGCUUCUGCCUGCCGCCGCACUGCAGCCGGGGGGAGCGGCGCGCCGUGGAGAAGCUCUCCAUCGAAGCUCUGGCCUCCCUGAGCGGCGACCUGAACGGGAAGUACUACGCCCUGAAGAACAUGACGGACGCCGAGCAGCAGCAGCUCAUCGACGACCACUUCCUGUUUGACAAGCCCGUGUCCCCCCUGCUGCUGGCCUCCGGGAUGGGCCGCGACUGGCCCGACGCCAGGGGCAUCUGGCACAACGACAACAAGACCUUCCUGGUGUGGGUGAACGAGGAGGACCACCUGCGCGUCAUCUCCAUGCAGAAGGGAGGAAACAUGAAGGAAGUGUUCAACCGCUUCUGCACCGGACUCACCAAGAUUGAGACCCUGUUCAAGGAGAGGGGCCACGCCUUCAUGUGGAACGAGCACCUGGGCUACGUCCUCACCUGCCCGUCCAACCUGGGCACCGGCCUGCGCGCCGGCGUCCACGUGAAGCUGCCCAACAUGAGCAAACACGCCAAGUUCGAGGACGUCCUCAAGAGGCUGAGGCUCCAGAAGCGCGGAACCGGUGGCGUGGACACGGCCGCCGUGGGCGGAGUGUUCGACAUCUCCAACGCCGACCGACUGGGCUUCUCCGAGGUGGAGCUGGUGCAGAUGAUGGUGGACGGAAUCAAGCUGCUGAUCGAGAUGGAGAAGAAGCUGGAGAAGGGCCAGUCCAUCGACGACCUGAUCCCCGCCCAGAAGUAAAAAGAAGCCGCCCCGAUCCACCUCAACCCCUCCUCCACCUUCCUCCCGGCCCCCCCCUCGUCUGAAUGAAUGUUUGACUCUGUAUUACGCAGCCUGGAUUUGUUUGUGUAUUUAAAAAUGAAAAUGUUUCCUGUAACGUGCGAAUGGAUCUGACAAAGGAAAAAUAAAGAAGUUCUGUUUGAAGUUUCA